AUGGGAAGUGAACAAAUGGACAUUGGAAACGCUGGAGACCAAAAACAAAAAGGAGCUGAAGACCGGUGAGUUCUUUAUUUAGUUUUGUUUUUAGAGGAACAAUUACUAUUUGCAGAGCGGUACAUGUCCGAAGCCGCUGUUAGAGUGCAUCUGUACUAAGUGAGAGAGCCAUGCAAAUUUUCAAAAAAAAAUCAUUUUAAAAUGAAAAUUAUGUGAAAAUCGGUGAAAAAAAUUUUGAAAAAAGAGCGGUCGGUUUUAUGAAAUAUUUUAUAGAUACGAUUUGUGUGAAGAUACGAUGCAAGUAUGAAUGUAUCAUGCCGAGGGCCGAAGGCCCGAGGCCUUUUUUUAUCAUAAAGUAAAUUGUAAAUGAAAUAAAAUUGCAAUGUCCAGACCAUAGGAGGCCUGUAGGGCCUCCGUUGGUCUGGUUACUUUUUUUAUAAAGACAAAAAACAGUAUUAAAAUUUAAAUAUUAAUUUGAUUUUUAGUAAAAUCUUUGUUGGAGGAAUUUCUGCUGAAGUAGGAAACGAGGACCUUCAACAAUACUUCCAACAGUAUGGAGAAGUUACUCAAGCCCAAGUGAAGAUUGACCGUUCAACGGGCCGUUCUCGAGGCUUCGCGUUUGUCGAGUUUGCUACCGCUGAGGCCUGCAAGAACGCUCUUCAUCAACGUGAGCAGAACAUUAAAGGAAAGCAAUGCGAAGUCAAGCCAGCCAAGUCUCGUGAAAACAAGAAGGUUUUUGUCGGUGGAUUGCCAGCUGAUCACCCGGAAGAUGACCUUAGAAAGCAUUUUGAGCAAUAUGGAAAGGUGGAAGACAUUGAAUGGCCUUUUGACAAACUAACUAAGAAUCGCCGCAACUUUGCGUUCAUUGUUUUUGAAGAGGAAGAAGCCGCUGAUCGUGCCGCUGCCAACAGCAAACAAAUGUUCAGCGACCGUGAGGUAAGCGUAACGUUUUUUAGCUUAAAAAUGUUUUUUUAGUGUGAUGUAAAGAAAGCGGUGCCGCAAAACCGCAGAUUCAACGCCUACCGCAACCCGAUCGCUGGAGGUCCAAGAACCUUUGGUGCUGGUUUGCCUCGUCAAGGAGUAGUUCAUAACGCCGCUCCGUGGUUCAACGGAGGAUGGAAUCAGAUGGGCGCUGUACCAUAUGGAGCUCCAUCUCAAGGUGCUGCUGCUGGAAGUGGUGGCUGGGGUGAUUGGUAUUCUUCUAACAAUUUCUACCAAAACCCGAACCAAGCUUACCCAGGAUAUGGAAGUAAGUAAUAAGUAGGUUGUACUCUAUUACUAAGGUAUUCUUAAUAUUUGACUUAAUGUUAUACUUUAUUGAUUUUUUAGAUUUGUUUUUUUUUUUGUUAAACAAUGUUAUGUGAUAUAGUUUCAGAUGCUUCGGGAUACGAGUACCCUCAAAAUGGUUCGUCUGCGCAGCGUGGUCAACCGUCUAACGGCGCGGUUCCACAGGGUCAACGUUAUCAACAGGCUCAAUAUUAA